GGUCCGGGUCCCCCAGCCGGGUCCGGGUCCCCCCAGCCGGGUCCGGGUCACUUCUGCCCGGUCCGGGGUCCUCUCCGCCGUGCGUGUCUCCGCCCCGCGUCCCCUGUCCCCUCCCCUCUGUCCCGUGCCCUCCGGCGGAGCCGCCGCGCUCGCGGCCGGGAGCGGGGCGAGGCCGGGAUGGGCAGAGGCAGCACCGCGCGGCUGCGGGGCCUCCACGCGUGACAGCGGGGCGGGUAUGGGCCUUCCGCGCGUGGCGCCGGGCCGUCCCGGGACAGCGGGACAGCGGCGGAGCCGUGCGCUGUGACAUCGGCAUGGCGGCGGCCGGAGCGCUGCUGUAGCGUCCGUACCGCUGUGGGACCUGCAUCCGCACGGUGUGACACCGGUGAGCCUGGGGGACAGGCAGGGUGACAGCAGUGCUGCGGGUGACGCUGGUAUCUCGGCAGCAGCGGGCGCUGGCCAUGGAGCCGGGCACCAUCGACAACCUGUCCAUCCUGUACCAGAGCUCCGACUUCAUCGUGGUCAACAAGCACUGGGACCUGCGCAUCGACAGCAAGAUGUGGUACGAGACCCUGACCCUGCAGAGCCAGCUCAAGCACCGCUUCCCCGAGCUGGCCGACCCCGACACCUACUACGGCUUCAGGUUCUGCCACCAGCUGGAUUUCUCCACCAGCGGGGCCCUGUGUGUGGCACUCAACAAAGCGGCGGCGGGAAGCGCCUACAAGUGCUUCAAGGAGCGCCUGGUGACCAAAGCCUACCUGGCCCUGGUGAGAGGCCAUGUGAGCCAGAGCCGGAUGUCGAUCCGCUACGCCAUCGGGAAGAACACCACCGAGGGCAUGACCCACAUGAUGUGCAUCGAGGGCACAGAGGGCUGUGAGAAUCCCAAGCCGUGCCAGUCGGAGCUGAUUGUGCUGGAACAUGGAUCCUACAGCGGAGACCCCGUCACCAAAGUGCUGCUGCAGCCACUGACAGGGAGGACUCACCAACUCCGGGUUCACUGCAGCACCAUCGGCCACCCCAUCGUGGGGGACUUCACCUACAGCCACAGGCAGGACAGCAAUCCCUACAGGAUGAUGCUCCACGCCUACUACCUGCGCAUUCCCACCGGCAAGGAGCUGAUCGAGGUGUGUGCGCCCGACCCCUUCGUCACCACCAUGGACAGCAACUGGGUGCCCCAGCACGUCACCCAGCGGCUGGAGGAUGUCAUCCAGGAGCUCAAGGACAAGGGGACACACAAGGAGGAGGAGGAGGAGAGCCGGGAAGCUGCCAGAGAGGAGGGAGCAGGGGGUGAAGGCAGCAGGGAGGAGACGGAGGAGCAGCGGGCGCGGUGCGAGCAGUGGCUGGCUGAGUGGGCUCUGGAGUGAGCACAAAGCACAUCCCUGCAUUCCCAGCUCCAGCCUUGUCCCCACGGAGCCCAGCGCUGCCUCCACACCUGCACUCCCUCUGUGGCUUCCCUCGCUCCUGGGGCUGGCAUCAGGUGGAUUUUAGGAGCGGUUGAGGUGGGGUUAUUUUGUGACGCCCAUCAUCCAUCUGGUCACAGGAUGUCCCUUUCCCAAUCCUGGGCCUCAGCAGCAGAGUCAGUGUCACGCUCCAGCUUAGAGUGACCCCAAAGCUUUCCAUCCCUGUCCUGGGGCUCGGGCACAGCUGGGCACUGCUUUUGCCAUGGACAUUCCACAGGCUCUCCAUGCUUGGAUGCAGAAUUGCAGCCCGGCACAGGGAGGGGAGAACGUGCUGGGUGCAGCUCCAGUGUCCCUGUCCCCCAUUCCCAUUCCCUCACUCCAGCUGCUGUGCCAUGAUUGGGGGCUGGAGCACAUUCUGGGGACACUGAUAGUACCCCAGUCCCAGGGUGUCCUGUGAAACUGGACUGGGAUGGGCAUGGGAAGGUCCCUGCCCCUCACCCCCUCCCUCAGCCCACCUGGGCAGUUUUUAAAGGUUUGGUGAAGGUGAAGGGGUUGAUACCAAUGGAUUUUAAACUUUUUUCAAUUUUCUAGGAAGAUAAUCUAGUCUUUUAGGGUUUGUAAAAUACGGGUGGUCUCAGGAAUGAGGUAUUUUUAGUACUUCUGUGGUUAGAGAGCCAGCAGCCCAAAGCUUUUUAAAUAGAUUUUAUUAUUCCUUCUACUAGCACUGCCUUUCCUGCUUUUAUCACAGCUGAGACAGGUCAGAGGGCACAAGUCCCUUUCUGCUCACCCACCUGAGGAAGGAUCAGUGUCCUGUGUAGGUUCCGUGGGGUGGCUCCUGCCUGGCAGGUUUCCAGGUCCUUCAGCUGGGCAGUUUGGGGAAGCUCUGGAACAGUUGGAAAAGGACAAAGGUGAAAGAAAGGCUGAGAACUGAUGGGAAGAGCAGGCAGGAGCUCAGCUUUGACAGAUGCCAAGAAAUUUCCUUGGAAGUGCCCUUGCUUUGGCUGGUCAUCCUGCUUUGCUUUCCCCUUCCCUGCUCAUCCUCUGCAGCCCUCGAGGGACAUUUGGAAAUGAGGAGAACAGGACAGCUGGGGAGCCACACAGCCCCAUCCCAGGGCUUUCAAGGACCACGUGCCCAGAGUUGUUGUCACCUCACCAACCCCAUCCCUUUGAAAACACACCUGAUGGGGUUCACACAGCUGAUAUUCCCACCCUGAGGGGAAUAAAAAAAUCAAAGCCCUUCCUUGUGCAUAAACACACCCUGCAAGUCACCAAAAUCCCCGAGGGGAGAAUUCGAUCACCUGUCCCUUUCUGUUGUGGCUUGGUGCCACCACUGCAGGGUGGGGAUGGCCUGAGGUGCCAGCCCUGGGCACUGAGUGGGCACGGUGGGCUCAGGGCUGGUGCCAGGAGGCUUGGGGGGACAGGAGGAGCAGGAGCCCCUUGUCCUUCCUGCCAGGCCCUGUGGCCGGCAGGGGUCCCACAGCUGGGAAGGAACACAAGGAAUUUGUUUGCCAAAGAUUCGAGGGGUGACGCUCAGGGAAGGUGCUGGAAAGUGACAGCAGGGAUUUGCUUGUCACAGGGGGGACCCAGCCUUGCCCGCGCUGGGAGCAGGCCCUGCCGGGAACACGGCCGGGAGGAGGGGUGGGGACGUGGGGACAUGGAUGGGGCUGGCAUCCCGAGCCCGCCGUGUUUGUGUGGAGGAGCCCCCACACCCCAGCCCAGCCUUUGCGUGCUGUUUCUCCCCAGUGCCAGAGAUAAAAUGGAUUUUUCCUUACCCUGGAGAGGGAGUUUUCCAGGCACCUUUCCCGGCUGCGUUCCAGGGCCAUGGCCCCGUCCUCUCCCCUCCUGCCCGCGGGGCUGUGCCUCCUCCGGCGCCCUGGGGUUGUGCUGUGGCCGUGAUGUCCCGUGCACUCCGCAGUUCCAGUUUUGGUGUAUUUGCUGUAUUAAACGUGUCUCUGCCCUUCA